GGUGUCUGGAAGGAAGCAAAGGGCCGGCGGCCCCAGAACAAGCGGUCACGUGCCUGGAAAGAUGGCUGUCUUUCCGUGGCAUUCCAGGAGCAGGAACUACAAGGCCGAAUUUGCGUCAUGCCGGCUGGAGGCUGUGCCACUGGAAUUUGGGGACUAUCACCCACUGAAACCCAUAACUGUCACGGAGUCAAAGACGAAGAAAGUGAGCCGGAAAGGAAGCACGUCUUCGACGUCCUCGUCGUCCUCCAGCUCCGUGGUGGACCCGCUGAGCAGCGUCCUGGAUGGGACCGACCCCCUGUCCAUGUUCGCAGCCACUGCUGACCCCGCGGGCAGGGCGGCCGCCACGGACAGUUCCAGAAAGAAACGUGACCGAGAUGAUAACUCUGUCGUCGGAUCAGAUUUUGAGCCUUGGGCCAGCAAGCGGGGAGAAAUCCUGGCCCGCUACACCACCACAGAGAAGCUGUCUAUGAAUCUGUUUAUGGGAUCUGAAAAAGGAUGGUCAGUGUUUUCCUGUUUGUGCCUACACCUUCCUACUUUCUGCCCACAGGGCUCCCAAAAGGAACUGCUGAAUUUGACUCAACAGGACUAUGUGAACCGCAUCGAGGAUCUCAACCAGUCACUGAAGGACGCUUGGGCCUCGGACCAGAAAGUGAAGGCUCUAAAAAUAGUCAUCCAGUGUUCAAAGCUUCUUUCGGACACGAGUGUCAUUCAGUUCUACCCGAGCAAGUUUGUGCUCAUCUCUGACAUACUUGAUACGUUCGGAAAGCUUGUGUAUGAACGCAUCUUUUCCAUGUGUGUGGAUAGCCGCAGCGUCUUACCAGAUCACUUCUGUCCCGAGAAUGUAAAUGACACGGCCAAAGAAACAUGCUUAAAUUGGUUUUUCAAGAUUGCUUCCAUCAGGGAACUCAUUCCAAGAUUUUACGUGGAAGCGUCCAUCUUGAAGUGUAACAAGUUCCUCUCAAAAACGGGGAUUUCCGAGUGUCUGCCCCGCCUGACGAGCAUGAUUCGAGGGAUCGGAGACCCACUGGUGUCCGUGUAUGCCAGGGCCUAUCUGUGCCGGGUGGGAAUGGAAGUGGCCCCGCAUCUCAAGGAAAGCCUCAGUAAGAACUUCUUUGACUUCCUCCUCACAUUUAAACAGAUUCAUGGGGACACCGUGCAGAACCAGCUGGUGGUCCAGGGAGUGGAGCUGCCAUCCUACCUCCCCUUGUACUCGCCUGCCAUGGACUGGAUCUUCCAGUGCAUCUCCUACCAUGCCCCCGAGACUCUGCUGACCGAGAUGAUGGAGCGAUGCAAAAAACUAGGAAACAAUGCCUUGCUAUUGAAUUCCGUGAUGUCAGCUUUCCGGGCCGAAUUCAUUGCCACAAGGUCCAUGGAUUUUAUUGGCAUGAUUAAAGAGUGCGAUGAGUCCGGAUUCCCCAAGCAUCUCCUUUUUCGCUCCCUGGGGCUGAACUUGGCCUUGGCUGAUCCUCCCGAGGGUGAUCGACUUCAGAUUCUCAAUGAAGCUUGGAAAGUUAUCACGAAAUUGAAGAAUCCACAGGACUACAUUAACUGUGCCGAAGUGUGGGUGGAGUACACCUGCAGACAUUUCACGAAACGAGAGGUGAAUACCGUUCUGGCUGACGUCAUCAAGCACAUGACUCCAGACCGCGCAUUUGAGGACUCCUACCCUCAGCUUCAGUCAAUAAUUAAGAAAGUGAUCACCCACUUGCACGAUUUCUCAGUUCUUUUCUCGGUGGAAAAAUUUCUGCCAUUUCUGGACAUGUUCCAAAAAGAGAGCGUGCGGGUGGAGGUUUGCAAAUGCAUCAUGGAAGUUUUUAUCAAGCAUCAGCAAGAACCCACCAAGGACCCCGUCAUUCUGAACGCCCUUUUGCACGUUUGCAAGACCAUGCACGACUCUGUGAAUGCACUCACUCUCGAGGAUGAGAAAAGAAUGCUGGCAUAUUUGAUUAAUGGGUUUAUAAGAAUGGUUUCCUUCGGCCGCGAUUUUGAACAACAGCUAAGUUUUUACGUCGAGGCCAGGUCAAUGUUUUGCAAUCUGGAACCUGUUCUUGUGCAGUUGAUUCACAAUGUGAACCGGCUGGCAAUGGAAACAAGAAAAGUAAUGAAAGGGAACCAUUCCAGAAAGACGGCUGCGUUUGUCCGGGCCUGUGUCGCCUACUGCUUCAUCACCAUCCCUUCCCUGGUGGGCAUCUUUGCCCGCCUCAACCUCUACCUGCAUUCCGGCCAGGUGGCUUUGGCCAACCAGUGCCUCUCCCAAGCGGACGCCUUUUUCAAAGCCGCCAUUGGCCUCAUUCCGGAAGUUCCGAAGAUGAUAAGUAUCGAUGGGAAGAUGCGGCCGUCGGACUCAUUCCUUCUGGAAUUCCUCUGCAAUUUCUUCUCUACUUUGUUAAUAGUCCCGGAUCACCCUGAACACGGGGUCCUGUUUCUUGUUCGAGAGCUUCUCAAUGUGAUCCAGGACUACACCUGGGAGGACAACAGUGAUGACAAAAUCCGCAUCUACACCUGCGUCCUGCACCUCCUGUCUGCCAUGAGUCAGGAGACCUACCUCUACCACGUAGACAAAGUCGACUCCAAUGACAGCCUGUAUGGGGGAGACUCCAAGUUUCUGGCUGAAAACAACAAGCUGUGCGAGACGGUGAUGGCGCAGAUCCUGGAGCACCUGAAGACCCUGGCCAAGGAUGAGGCCCUAAAGCGCCAGAGUCUGUUGGGCCUUUCCUUCUUUAACAGCAUCUUGGCCCAUGGGGAUCUGCGUAACAACAGGCUCAAUCAGCUCUCGGUCAACCUGUGGCAUCUGGCCCAGAGGCAUGGCUGCGCGGACUCCAGGACCAUGGUGAAAACCCUGGAAUACAUCAAGAAGCGAAGCAAACAACCAGAUAUGGGUCACCUGACUGAGCUGGCCCUCAGGCUCCCUCUGCAAACGAGGACCUGAUGCUGGGAACCGUCCCCAGGAGCUCGGGUGCCAAGUCCAGAAAGCCCUGCUUUUUUACAUUUAUUUUUACACAUAUACCAUUGGUUUAAGCUUUGGCCUCCACCCGGAUUAUCCUGACUGUGAAGAAGUGGGAAUUGUCAGAGCAUUAAAGUCCAGUCCUGUUCACCAAGCAGCAGAGCCGAGUCACACCUUUAUUUGCGGUAGGUGUCUUUCACUGGAAAAAGAACCGUGCAAAGCAGUCCAUUCUUUAAAAGCUACUGUCUUCCUAUCCCUAUUUUGAGGGUCUCAAGUCUGGCUUGCUAAACCACCUUGGAGGAUUUAGAAAAGGCAGAUGGCUCAAUUAAUUCCUUUUUCUAUUAAAAAGCAGCUCUUGAUUGGACUUACAACAUAUCCUGUGACAGAAUCAUCACAAAGAGAACAUAUCCUGUAAUGGAAUAAACCCUCUGAAGGAGUAUUUA